AUGCUACACAAGCUUGUUGACAACGUGACCAGCGAGCGAAAGCAGUUACAGACCAGUUACAACAUCCUGACAACCAAACAAGACCAAUUACAGACCAGUUACAACAACCUGACAACCAAUCAAGACCAAUUACAGACCAGUUACAACAACCUGGUUAAAGAGAGAGACCAACUCCAGAAAAGAUUGGAAGACGUGACCAGUGAGAGAAACCAGUUACAGACCAGUUACAACAACCUGACAACUGAACGAGACCAGUUACAGACCAUUUUCAACAACUUGACAACCAAACACGACCAAUUACAGGCCAGUUACAACAACUGGACAACUGAACAAGACCAGUUACAGAACAGGUCCAACAAUCUGGUUAAAGAGAGAGACCAGCUGCAGGAAAGACUUGCAAACAUGACCGCAAACAGAGACGAUCUUCAGAAACAGCUUCAAGACAACGCAGUCAUUAAGUUUGUAGAUGAUACCACCGUGGUGGGGCUCAUCUCAGGGGGAGAUGAGACGGCGUACAGAGCUGAAGUUCAGAGGCUGUCAGAUUGGCGUGUAGAUAACAACCUGGACCUCAAUACCACCAAGACAAAAGAACUGGUAGUUAACUUCAGGAGGAGGAAGUCCGAGCUGCAGCCUGUCAGCAUCAACGGGGAGUGCGUGGAAAGGGUCUCCAGUUUCAAGUUUCUGGAUUGCAGAGAAAAUUGGGUGGCCUUCAGUGAUAGUUUGUACCAAGUUUCUGCAGAGAAGAAAUCCUGGGAAGAAAGCAGACAAGACUGUCGCCAAAAAGGUUCAGACCUGAUGAUUAUCAACAGCCGAGAGGAACAGAACUUUGUGAACCAGUUCAAGAAGCUUUUGUGGAUUGGACUGACUGACUCAGAGACAGAGGGAACAUGGAAAUGGGUGGAUGGGACUCAAAUGAACAAAAGCUACUGGAAUCGUGGUGAACCAAAUGGUGGCAGAAAUGAAAAUUGUGGACACAUAGAUACUUACAACUCAGAAAACAGCUGGAAUGAUGCAACUUGUUCCAUUUUACACUUCUGGAUAUGCGAGAAGAGAGAUUCUCCAUAA